UCCCUCCACUGGCUCGGCACACUGGACGCUGUUGUGACGGCGAGGCGAGGUGAGGCGAGGCGACCUCUUCUAGCCUAUGCGGGACUGUGACAGCGUUGAAACGGUUAAAAGAGGCAAACCCUCAAAGGAGAGCCGUUCAGCCAUUAGUUGGACUCCUUGACACUUUCUCCUCACCACUUUUCAAGGGGGAGGCCUUCUUUACUCGUCAUUCUGGAUGUUUGGUAGACAAAUUGUGGCCAAACUCCCAUCGGAGCAACUUUUGGGGCUUUCAUUCAUAACAAUCAGUUGUUUUACAAUGCGUUGAAAGACUACAAGGAAGAGAAGAGAAGAGGAGCAUCACCAUGACAGAACCAGCGGAGCAGACCGACCACCUGAAAAGUUCGAGCAGCCCAUCAGGUGGGAGCGGCGGCGGCGGCGGCGGCGGCGGCGGCGGCGGCGGCGGCAGCGCCUCCAAGCAUCCCCCAGCCGGCAACCGCGGUGCAUCGCCGCACAACGGCGACAGAGGGCGCCAGAGGAGCGGCAAACACCACCAGGAUGUCAACACCGACAAGUUGAGAGGGGUGUGUCCCGGAAACGAGUCUCCCAACGCCAGGGACGCGCCACCGCCGCCGCCGUCUUCGGGGGGGCUCCACAUCGACUCGGACACCGGCUUGGUGGUGGACACCCGGUGCCAGGGCAGGAAGCGGCACCGACGCCGCGCUGCCAAAAAGAAGCGCAACUGGAAGCCCUACUACAAACUUUCGUGGGAGGAACGGAAGGCGCAGGACGAGCGAGAGACUGCCCGGGCGUCCCGCCUGCGCGAGGAGAUGUUCGCCAAGGGGCUGCCGGUGGCUCCCUACAACACCACCCAGUUCCUCAUGGACGAGCACGACCGCGAGGAACCGGAUCUCAACACUGAGGCGCGGCGGCCAGAGGACACGGGCAGCGAGGAGGACCUUUUCGAGCAUGACGACGAGGACGACGAGGACGGGAGUGGAGGCGGCGGCGGUGGAGGAGGCGGCGGCGGCGGCGGCGGCGGUGGCGGGGGGAGCAGUGACGGCAUCGGCAGGCCAGGCAACGCCGGCGGAGAGUUUCUCCAGCGGGACUUUUCCGAGACCUACGAGAUGUACCACGUCGAGAGCCUGCAAAACAUGACCAAGCAGGAGCUGGUGAGGGAGUACCUGGAGCUGGAGAAGUGCAUGUCCCGCCUGGAGGAGGAGAACAACCGGCUGAGGCGUGCCGCCGCCGCCGUCGUGGAGCCCGGCGGCAUGAGCGUGGAGGAGCCCCUGGCGCGCCUCCGGGAGCUGGAGCGGGAGCUGGAGAGACUCAAAGCCCAGAAUACCGAGCUCCUGCUACGGAACCAGCCCGCCACGGACAAUUAGGGACGGACAUUCAGCAAACUAUUCCCAAGAAGGUCAUCAAAACACAGCGACUUUUUCUUCUCUGGACUCUAUGGGUUUUGUUCGGUCAACAUUUGGCCAGAGGUUAAAAAAUAGCGUUACAAAACAGCGUUUUCCUAUCUCGACCUUUUUCUGUGACAUCUGGCCUGAAGUUUAUAAAAAGAGAAAAUUAAAUACAAAAAACACUUGGUUAACUUUUCAACUCGAUUAUAAAACGCAAUAGUCAACGCAAAUCUACCUUUGCAUUAUUUGUUUUUGUUUUCUAGUCAACAUUUGGUUGGGGGUGUUCGAGAUUCCAUAAAAAUAGCCAGAGGCUAAAAAAAAAAAAAAAAAAUCACUGUCAUAUGGACUUUGUUCACAUUUUGACUUACUCUAAAAUGGUGACAUUUGGCCCGAGUUAAAAUAGUCAACGGGCUCGAAGGAAAAAUCAACUUCAUUUUUUCCUAUCAGGGCCCUGGUGUUUUUUUUUUAACUUGAAGAUUUACCAAAAAAAAGGUCAUUACAAAAUGACCUUUUUUUACCCCCAAGACUGUAGUCAAAAUUUCAUUUUUUUUACCAUUUUAUUUACAACCGUUCUGUUGCAUUUUGUCCACUCCAGACAGCAGCAUGAAAGAGGACGGGCAACCAAGCCAGUCUAGUCCAUUGUUUAACAUUUGAACAGUUUGUGGGUGUGUUAACAGCUGUUCAAUAAACAUCUUAAGAAAUAA